GUACGGAGAGGGAGAGAGACGGAGAUGAAAGGGAACUAGAGAAGGGCAUAUGAAGACACCGGUUUGAAGGAUGGAAACCAUAAGGAAAAUAAUACAAUUUCACCAACAGAUGACUGACAUGAAAGUCUUCAGCUCAAAUCAGCGCGACAACGUCACGGUUUAACCGUAUUCUUGUGCCAGAGCGUUCCCGUGUCCAUCCUGAAGCGAGGAGUAUGACUUUAAUAAGAUUCAGGAAGAUGUGAGAGAUGGAAUAUGAACAGGAAAUAUGAUGCGACCGCGACAUUAGUGGCAAUAGUACUAUGAAUUGCUAUGCUGCCCUCAUAGCAAGCAUAAUCUCUAUGACACUAAUUGCAGUAGCCACUGAAGCAGAGGAGUCUCCGCCCCCCCACUUCCUCACGGCCCGGGCUGGAGAGUCUGUGGUGCUUCCUUGUCAUGUGACGCAGCCCAGGAUUGUGAUUGGCCAACAGACGUCUUACGUGGUGGAGUGGUUCAAAGCAGGCAACUCUAUUCCCAUAUUCAUCAGCUUCCGCUACUAUCCCCCACAUGUCGACCCAGACUAUGCAGGUCGGGCCACUCUGCAGGGGAAGUCCUCUCUGCGGAUUGACCGUGUGGCGGCGGAGGACCACGGCUGGUACGAGUGUAAGAUCCUGGUGCUGGAGCAGCAAUACGACGGCUUCCAGAACGGCAGCUGGGUCCACCUGACGGUCAACGCCCCUCCCUCGUUUCGUCAGACUCCGCCCCAGUAUGUGGAAACUCAGGAGGGCAUCAGUGUCACACUCACCUGCGUUGCCAAUGGCAACCCCACGCCCACUGUCAGCUGGCUUCGAGAAGGGAAAGUUAUCCAUGGCAACGGGAAGUAUAAGGUGACCGAUGGAAGUUUGACCUUUACAGCUGUCACCAGGGAAGACAGAGGAGGCUACAGUUGCCGUGCCUACAGUCUCCAAGGGGAGGCUAUACACACCACCCGACUGCUGGUGCAAGGUCCUCCGUUCAUCAUCUCUCCCCCAGAGAAUGUCACACUCAACGUAUCCCAAGAUGCAUUGUUCACCUGUCAGUCCGAGGCGUAUCCUGGCAACCUGACCUACACCUGGUCCUUGGGUGAAGAAAAUGUCUUUUUCAAGAACGGUCUGAAGAGGCGGGUCAGCAUCUUGAUUGACGGUUCAUUGAUUGUUUCCCGGGUAAUCCCCGAGGAUGCUGGGAAAUACACCUGUCGCCCUAGCAACGGGCUUGGCACUGCCCCCUCUGCCUCUGCCUACCUGAGUGUGCAGUACCCUGCACGUGUGGUCAACAUGCCGUCUGUCAUUUACGGUGCUCUUGGUUACCAUGGAUAUCUCCGCUGCCCGGCCGAUGCUAACCCACCUGUUAACAAGGUGUCCUGGAGACGAGACGGCCUACCGCUACGCGUUGAAAAGCAUCCUGGCUGGACCCAGAUGGCUGAUGGGAACAUCUUGAUUGCUGAGGUGACGGAAGACAUGCUGGGGACAUACACCUGCACGCCUUACAAUGUGCUCGGAAGCACCGGCCAGUCACGAGCUGCUACGCUGGUGCUUAAGGAUCCUCCCAAAUUCCUGGCGGUGCCAGCAGGAGAGUACCGACAGGAAGUUGGACGGGAGGUGGUUGUUCCCUGUGAAGCCGACACCAAUAUUACCUGGAGAAAGGUCGGACUCCCUUCUCAUCACCAGCAUGUCGUCCUCCCCCACGGAAGUUUACACAUCCUGUCUCUCGCCAAAGAGGAUCAUGGGAUAUGGGAGUGUGUGGCCACCAACGAGGCGACCAGCAUUACUGCCAGCACCAAGCUGCUCGUGUCUGGCACAACCCCCCACGCCCCUCUGGAUAUCCAUGUUGCCGUCACGGCGAGUGCAGCCAAUGUCUCCUGGGAGCCGGGAUACAACGGAGGGUUUGAACAAACCUUCACCGUCUGGAUCAAGAGGGAGAGUCUGGGAGCCCAUGAUUGGUUGUCGCUCCCGGUAACGGUGAAGGGUCAGCACUGGUUACUGCUGAAGGGUCUGCAGCCAGAGACGAUCUACGAGUUCAGCAUCCUGUCCAGCAACAAGAUGGGCACAGGACGCUUCAGUGAAGUAGUCACUGCCAGCACUCUAGACUACCCCUUGACAACCCAUGAGCCUCCCCUUGUCUUGACCCCGCCCCGUUGCCUCACAGCCAAUAGAACGCAGCAAGGGGUGGUCCUUAUGUGGAUCCCUCCUGCCAAUCACAGUCUUCCAAUCGACCGAUAUGUAGUCGAAUUCCGAUUGGCUGAGAGGUGGGAAGUCUUCGAUGAUUCCAUCUUACCUGGAGACACAGAACUAUUGGCCCGGGAUCUACAGGAAGCCUGGUAUGAGUUCAGGGUGAUGGCUGUGAUGGAAGACAUUGUUAGCGAGCCCAGCAACAUAGUGGGAGUCUCCAGCACAGAUGCCUUCCCUCCUCCGGAGCUAGCGGAUGAGAGUCUGGCUCGUCCUGUGGUGGCGGGCGUUGUGGCGACCGUGUGUUUCCUGGCGUCGGGGAUCAUCUUCAGCAUUAUGGCCAUGUGUGUGGUCAGCCAGCGCAGGGAGAGGAGGAGGAAGGCACGGCGGAGAAGAGAUCCCCCUCUCUCCAUAACACACUGCAAGAAGUCUGUUGGGACGCCAACCUCCUCAGAGAAGGUGAGCCCAGAGAGCUCCCGGUCUGCAGGACCUCAGUCGGGGUCGUCCGAAGAGCGCCUGCCUGAAAAGAAACAACAACCGCUACCUCCUCCCUCUCCCCGGAAAGAGAGAGAGAAAGAGGACAUCUCACUCUCCCUGUACAAGUCUGCCAAAAGAGCAAUAAUCAGCAAGCGGUCCAGGAUGGGCCGCACCCCGGACGAGCCCCCGGCCCAGGGCCCCAUCGAGCUGAUCAGCCGUGGCCCGGAUGGACGCUUCAACACGGAACCACCCGCCAACAUCCGAGAGAGCUCCGGCUCGCACCGCGACCAGCGCCACCGCAUCAGGGGAUUCCCCUUCGUGGAGGAGUCGGACAUACCUGGAAUUUCCUCGGUCAUGUCGUCGCCCCCAUACCACCUGGAGGGUUCGUUUGGGUGCCACCCUCCCAUCCUGGAGGAGCUGGGGGAGGAGCUUGGAGAAGAGGGGGCGGAGCUGCAGCCCUUCUACUCCUCCUCGGGGGUGGAGUUCAGCUCGGCGUCUCGCUCCUCCGACAUGUGGCACCCGGGCGAGCCGCUGCCCUUCGCCGGACUUGAGGGCCCGCACCUCAUGUUCCCGCUCUACCACCAGCUCCAGUUCCAGCGUGAGCCCGCGCUGCCGCCCCCCGCUCCCCUGCUCCUGCCCCCUCCUCUCCCGGCCCCCUCCUCUUACCCUGCCGUGCUGCCCCUCCACGUCCCCAGGGGGCGCCAUAAGAAGUCUCCCAGCAAGGCGCGGGCCCAGGAGGUCCAGCAGGUGGGAGCGCUCCGGCACACGGCCCAGGGCCUGGGCGUCCCUGUCCUGCCCUUCCUCCCGGAGCCCGAACCGCCGCUGGGACCGUUUGGUGGGCUGGACAUGCAGUGGUACGAGGUCACUUCCCAGCUGAGCCCUCCCCAGCCUCGGCGCUUGGACCCCGGCUGGUGCGUCCAUCCCAUGGUCCUCCAGCCCUCGCGCCUCUCCCCGCUCACCCAGAGCCCCCUCUCCUCGCUGCAGGGUUCCCCCAUCCGCCCGCGCCCCCGCCCGCGGCCCGGACACACCCCACCCUCCCUCCAAUCAGAGGCCUCCGAGAUCACCCUGCUCCCGCCCUCCACCGCCAGCUUCUCCAGGAAGUCAUCCCCAUCGCCGUCCGCUUCGGCCUCAGCCUCGCCCGGGAGGAGGAGCCAGCGUGGCAGCCCCCGCCACCGAGCCCUGACCGGCCCGAGAAAUUAG